UGGAUGGUGUUUACUAAACUGUUGCAUACGCUGUAAUCAAAAAUGGCACAGAUCAGAGUUGCAGUGGUGAAGUGACAAUGUUCUGAUGGUUUAUUCUGGAGAAUGAUCCUGUUGGAGUGAAGUAAAUGACAAUGGUAUGAGGAAGUUUUAACUGAGCCUGCACAGAAAACCUGAAUGACAGCAGUUUCUCCUCCCACAACGCUAAGGAAGUGUUUAACCUGAAUCUACCUUAGAAAAGCAGCUGGGACCGUCACGGGUAAGUAGGUUCCUGCUGAACCUUUGACCCGGUGAACUUUGUUUUCUCAUUUAAACCAAUUCUGUUGUCUCUAAAGUUACAAGUUUGGUGUAGAGCUGCUGGAGUAGAGCUGCUGGAGUAGAGCUGAAGGUGUGAGCAGACGGAGAGAAAAGAAAAAAACAUGAGUCACACUGACUGGAUGUCUCAACUGCCACCGGCGCUUCAUUCCAUCCCUCUCAGUAACCUGGCUAUACCAGGGAGCCACGACUCAAUGAGCUAUGACCUGGACAUCAACUCCUCUAUUAUAAAGCCAGAAGUCCUGAGAAGAUUCAGCAGGAUUUGUUUUGUGCGUAGGAUAGUACGCAGAUGGGCCAUGACUCAGGAGGUGACCAUCACAGAGCAGCUGAAUGCAGGAGUUCGCUACUUUGACCUGAGGAUUGCUCGCAAGCAUAAUGACUCUAAUCCCACCAGGCUUUACUUCCACCAUGGCCUCCUGACACGGACAGAUGUGGAGACUGUUCUCAGGGAAAUAGAUGCAUGGGCGAGUAGACAUCCUAAAGAAGUCAUCAUCGUUUCUUUAUCCCACUUUGAAGGCUUCGACAAAAAGAUUGAAGCCCAACUUCACAUCCAUCUCAUCCAGUUCAUCAAGGACUUGUUUGGAGCCAAACUCAUGCACAAGAUGGACACCCCUACCUUAAAUGCUUGCUGGGGCCAAGGAAAAAAUGUUAUUGUUUCGUAUGAUCACCCAGCAUAUCACCAGCCUGCACUGUGGAGGAAAAUCCCCUAUUACUAUGGAAAGAGUAUGGAUCGUUCAAAUAUUAUAGCAAAACUCCAGGAUGUGUUGGAAAAGCAAAAGCCUUCCAGCUAUUUCUUUGUGUGUGGCAUAAAUCUGACCCUACCAUAUGAUAUCAGCAUACUCAAGUACAUCCUUCGCCUUUGUGACAACUUCCCCAGCUUGAUCCGAAGGGGUCUGCCAAAGCUGCUGCGAUGGAUAAAGGACCUACACAGCAAAACACCCAUGAACAUAGUGGCCUCGGACGUGGUGACUCGAGCCAACUUUGUCUCAACGGUGGUGAAUCUCAACUUUAAAGCCCUUAAAGCAAAUUAAAAAUGUUUCAGUGAUUUUAAUGAUAAAGGAAGGCCUUUUCGUACAGAAGUAUGUCACCGGUGAACAUCUGGAAGCUUACCUGUUGACUUUUGUAACUACCUAUGAUCAUUUGAAUAAAGCUGAAUUUAUUGCUUCGGUAAAAUCUAAUUAUCAGAGGUUAGCUUUUCUUUAGGUAAAAUGAGGCAAAUAUACAAAAUGCUAAAAUAAUAUACGCAGAAUAAUAAUAUUGUAACGUGAUGGAAGUGGUUACCUUUAAAGAGACAAUGUGUAUUUAUUUUUACCAUUAAUCUGGAAAUAUCCACAAAAAUGAUGUUGAAAUUAAUUAAAAGAUACCCAGUUGUUGAAAAAUAUUGUAGGCUUCAUAACAUAUUAACGUACCAAUGGCCAAGUAUGUCCUUAAUAAAAAUCAAGUCUAAAAUACAUGGGAGCGGGUCCAAGUCUCUGGGCGACGCCGUAUAGGAAGCCUAGGGCACUUCCGCAUCAUGGAUCCCCGGAAGAACGAAAAAAUUAAUGCAAGUCAACGGGGCUAAAAAUGCUAUUUUCUAACCCGCUUUGCCUUACUCCCUGGAUCACACAUAUGUUGUACUGCAAUUUAAAUUAAAACUAUUGAUGGGUGUUUUGACCACACCAGUCACGUACUUUGAGUUUUAUCAGCUUGUAAAAGUUAGUAAUUAGCAUGACUACAAACUACAAAUCGGCACGUCGUAUAUGUGAAGCCACCACAUAAUCUCCUCUCCCCUAGCGUAGCUGCUACUUACCAAAUGAUCAAAUUUAUGGUAGUUCCUUCCUCCUGUGGAAAGUUUGCUGAACUUAGAGCUCCCUUCCCUCAGUUUUCUCCGUGUCUGGUUCGAUGACGUCACUUUUGUGAAGUGCAUUUGUGGUCCUGGACUUAUUUUCACACAAAGCCUAAAAUAUCAUUCACCCCCGUUCGAAAAUAAGCACGUUCUUGGUUUCUAAAUGCAUCUUUAAAGUUCACAGACAUCAUAUGUGAAAUCCAUGGCACAAAACAAGCGGAAUUAGAAAAUAGCGUUUUUAGCCCCUUUGACUUGCAUUUGUUUUUUCAUUGUUCAGGGGACCCAUGAUGCGGAAGUGACUUUGGCUCCCCAUUAGAUGCCAUGUUUCCUUCUACGGGAGCCGGACAAAUUAAUUUACUGAUUUGUAACGAACAUUUACAAACUUUCGCCAUUCUUAAAUGUAGUUGUUUUACACAUUUACCUCUUCACUUGUUGCCAGUAAUGAAAGGAGUCUCAUGUGCUGGUUAUUUGGCUGAAGUUUGUACUCCCCAGGGCUUUUUGACCAUAAAGGGCAUCCGUUGGUAAGGUCUUACUCCAACACAAAAAUACUGCUUGCUUGCAAUGAUUUAGGUAUCUACUGCUGCCUAUGGCCAAGAAAAAUACACACUGUCACUUUAAUGAAUGAUCAAUAAGAUGUGAUAUUCCAUAUAAAUAUGAAUUAUCAAUAUUGUUGAUCUUUUAAUAUUUGAUUUAAAUUGAAAUCAGGUCUUUUUAGCAGUUCAGAGAAAUCACACCAAAUAAUUUGAGACCGAGGCAAAAAUAUAGUUAAUAAAAUCCAUUUAGAACUAUAUUUCUAAGCUAAUAAUGACACAGAACUAAUUAUGAUGAAUGAUGGUUGAAACAAGAUAACUGAGACCAUGAAUGAAAUGAUUGACUGUAAGCUUAGAUGUUAUGUAGCAAAACCUGAUUGUCUUAGAAAAAUGUAAUGUCUGGGUUGUAAAUAAGUCUGACUGUAUGGUUUAACAAACUAUCAAUUAAUGAAAUCAUCCACACCAGUGGUGCAGAACCUGCGAAUCCUUGUGUUUGAAUGCUCCCCGUGAUCCAGGGUCCGGAGAAUUUGAUACGGACAGGCUGCCGGUGGAGUUGACUUCUGGGGUAUUCCGAGUACGUAGUUUCACCCCAAAUACGGAACCGCUGGUCAGUGAUACCCUCAGGGUGAGUGCUGGUGGUCAGAUGAAGUUUUGCAAAGAAGGUUUGACCUUAAAGGAUGGUUCCUUAUACUUAACUGAUUCAGUCGACCGAACUGGGCAGCUUGCUAGAACUCCCUUGGAAGAAGUGUCAACUCUUUUUGAUAUAUGUUGUUUAUCAAUUUAGACAAAUCAGAGCUUAACAAGUUUAAAGUGGGUGGUUAUCACACA